AAGAACUAUUUUACCAUUUGUUUAUUUGGACACAAAAGAGAUGGAUUCAGUUUUUCUAAAAAAGCUUUUACUCAAAAGUCUAGGAGCAGAUCGUAAAUGCUAUAUUUAUCUGCAUAGUGAGUGGCAUGAUGAUGCCGUUAGCUUAUAUCUAAAAUAUUCGAAUUCCGGCUUAUAUUACAAAGGCCUAUUACUCGCCAAGGAUUUCGAGGAACCUGCAGCAGAAUUAGAAAUACCAUUGAAUGAUUUCCGUGGAGAGUGUAAAAGUGUGCUUACCAGUAACAUCGGCUUGCCUGGCUUUGAGAUAGAGUUGGACAACGAAAGAAAAAUCCUUAGAGUAAACAAAAAUGAAGAAUUCUGCAUUCAGUAUUUAGAAAUAAAGCUUACUGAAGCUGAUAAAAGUUAUGAAAUGCUGGAGGUUGCGAUCAAAAUAAUAGAUACGGACGGAAGUGGAAACGAAACUCAAAAAACAAAUGAUACCAUUGCUCGUCUAAUUGAAGACGUUGAACAAGUGUUACGAGAAAAAGAAGAGUGGAAGCAGAAAAUGCUGCAAAAAUUUCUUGCUUUAUUGAAUACAAAAAAACAAAAAAUAUCAACGCUGCAGAAAAAAAUAGAGAAUAUGGAUAAAAAGAUGAAGAGCGCAGAAAACAUGAAUGCUGCACAUAAUUUCCAGGCCAGCACAGGCGAUGGAAUGGACCAUGAUUUUAAUGAAGGUUCAAAUUCGGAUGCGAUUGACAGCCCCAAAGCAGAGAGUGAUUUUGAUGCACCCACACAACGCCUCACGCCGCCUAAUACAAAUGAGUAAUAAUUUUUAUACACCAAGGAGUUAAAUACAGUGUUAGGAAUGAAGUUGGGUGAUUAUCUUUUCAUUUAUAUAGAAAACACACACACAUACAUAUGUGUAUAUGAAUGUCCAUGUUCGCGCCAUUUGUAUUCAGCUGUUGUAUUCAAAAAUUCGGAAAAAUAAUCUAUACUUCUGAAAUACUAAAUGCUAGGUAAAAAAUUAAUUUUUAUUUAUACCAUAAUAAACAUUUUAUAGGAAGUAAGAGCUUCAAAAAGAUAA